AUGGAAGAAGCAGAACCAGUGAGGUACUUCAGUUAUGUAAUGCAAGCUGGGCCUAUUCAGCCUGGAGAAGAGAAGGCUGAGAGGGGAUCUAAUCAGUGUUUGGGAUAUCUUGAUGACAUAACUGCAAUUGGGCCCCGAACAGUUGGAAGUCCAGAAAAUGAAGUUCAUACUGUUAACUACCUCAUAGAACAAAUUAAGGCAAUUGAAGUUGAAAGCACUGAUGCUCACAAGAUUUUUAUAGACGUACAGAGGCCCACAGGCUCCUUCAGCAUUGACUUUUUAGGAGGCUUCACCAGUUACUAUGCAAAUGUAACCAAUAUUGUAGUGAAACUGGAACCUCGAAAUGGAGCGAAACAUGCAGUAUUAUCCAACUGUCACUUUGACUCUGUACCGAAUACACCAGGUGCCAGUGAUGAUGCUGUUAGCUGCUCAGUGAUGCUUGAAAUACUUAACACUCUCUCAAAAUCAUCAGAGCCCCUGCAGCAUGCUGUCAUAUUCUUAUUUAAUGGUGCAGAAGAAAAUAUUUUGCAGGCUAGUCACGGCUUCAUUACACAACAUGAGUGGGCCAAGUCAAUUAGAGCUUUUAUUAACCUGGAGGCAGCAGGUGUAGGAGGGAAAGAACUUGUUUUUCAAACAGGACCUGAAAAUCCUUGGUUGGUACAAGCAUACGUAUCUGCAGCUGAACAUCCCUUUGCCUCUGUGGUGGCACAGGAAAUAUUUCAGAGCGGAAUUAUCCCAGCAGAUACAGACUUCCGUAUUUACAGAGACUUUGGCAAUGUUCCAGGAAUAGACUUGGCUUUUAUUGAAAAUGGUUAUAUUUAUCAUACAAAAUAUGAUACAUCAGACAGAAUUUUAACAGAUUCCAUUCAGAGAGCUGGUGAUAACAUUUUGGCUGUCCUAAAAUAUCUGGCGACAUCAGAUAAGUUGGCUAAAUCUUUUGAGUAUCGUCAUGGAAAUGUUGUCUUCUUCGAUAUACUUGGUCUGUUUGUCCUGGCUUAUCCUGCUCGUGUUGGUACCAUCAUGAACUAUAUAAUAGCAGCAAUUGCCUUUCUUUAUUUAAGCAAAAAAAUACUACAGCCCAAAACCAGAGUUAUUAAUAACCUGAAGAAAUUCUCCACUGCAUUUGGCUUAACAUUGUUAAGUUGGAUCUCUACGCUGGUGACUGUCCUUAUUGUGGCAGUGUUCAUCUCUCUUAUCGGGCGCUCUCUUUCCUGGUAUUCCCAUUUCUAUGUCUCUGUGUCUCUGUAUGGCACUGCAGCUACAGCCAAGAUCAUUCUUGUGCAUACGCUAGCCAAGAAGUUCUACUACAAGAAUAUGAAUGAACAAUACCUGGGGGAUGUGUUUUUUGAUGCCUCAUUGCUGGUCUGGGCUAUAGCAUUGACUAUGCUUACUCAGAUAGGCCUUUGCUCAGCAUUUAUUUGUACAUUAUGGGUAGCAUUUCCUUUACUCACUAAGCUGAUGAUCCAUAAAGAAUUUAGACAAAAGGGUACCACCAUGAAGUUUGUCAUGAUGUACAUGCUGGGAAUGUUUGUUCCAUAUCUGUAUGUGAUGUACCUUAGUUGGACUGUAUUUGAAAUGUUCACUCCUAUCAUGGGACGAAGUGGUUCAGAAAUUCCACCAGAUGUGGUUUUGGCAGGAUUAAUUGUGGCCGUCACUGUGAUUCUCUCAUCCUAUUUUAUUAACUUCGUUUACCUCAUCAGAAGCACAAAAACAACUUUAAUAACUUUAACGACUGUGUUUUUUGUCACUCUGAUGCUUGUCUGUAGCGGAAUCUUCUUCCCUUACAGUUCUGAUUCUGCUAAUCCAAAGCCUAAGCGAGUCUUUCUCCAGCAUAUAAGCAGAAGAUUUCAUGAUCUAGAUGGGAACUUGGUUAAAAGUGACUCUGGUAUAUGGAUUAAUGGAUUUGAUUAUAAUGGCAUAUCUCACAUAACUCCACAUGUACCUGAAAUCAAUGACGCCAUUAGGACUCAGUGUGAUGAGUGGGCUCCUUUUUGUGGCUUUCCUUGGAUUCUGCCUGUGCAUUUUAUGUUCCGGAAGAACUGGUACCUUCCUGCUCCAGAUAUUUUGCCAAUGAGUCCUAUUCAAUUUAAAGUUCUGUCCAAAGAGUUAGUGCCUUUGAAUUCCAUGAGGUUAAGUUUUGAAGUAUCUGGUCCCAGUCACAUGUCGCUGUAUAUCCGCCCACGCGAAGGAUCGACCCUGUCCUCGUGGUCCCUUGGAGACGGGAGGCCCGUUGCGAGCGUGGGAGGGGAUUACUUUGUGUUCUACUCUCACGGGCUGCAGGCUGCGCCGUGGCGCUUCUGGAUAGAGCUGACGGCUUCAGAAAAGCAUGCUGAUGAAACAGUCUCCCUUGCCAUAGCAGCACAUUACUUCUUUGGGGAAGAUAAAAAGUCACCUCAACUUCAUGCCUUAAUGGAGAGACUUCCAAACUGGGUGUUUUCUUCUGGCUGGUCCUGUACUUAUGACCUUUUUGUCUUCUAAUGUUGCAGUACUGCAAAAAUAAUAUGCUAAUCUGUCUGUCAAAAGAUACU